UCCAAACACUCUAAACAACAAACUACCAAACAAUUUAAAUACAAAAUAAUAAAAUUUGUAUUUUUUGUUGAACAGAAAAAAAAAAAAAAAAAAAAAACAAAACACUUAAAAAACAAAAACAAUGGAUACCAAAAAGAGUAAUAAACAAACCAAAAUUGUACGUAAAACUACAAACACAACUAUCCAUGCGUCGGCAACUAGCUUAUUGGAUUCGUAUUGGCAAGAUUGUCAACAGCAACCACCCUCUCCAGCAUCAUCGUCAACAUCACAAACAACUGGUGAUACAACUUUUGAGCCAUCUAUUGAUAUGAUGGUAAAUGAUUUUGAUGACGAACAAACCCUAACCGAAGAAGAAGCUUUAGCUGAACUCGAAUCGCAAGAUCCCGCCGAUGAAAUAGAAACAUUGCAAAAAGAGAGUGAAAUGCCAUUAGAAAAAUUGCUGGAACAUUAUAGACAGCACGUGCAAGAGGACUAUCAGCAGCAGCAACAACAACAACAGAGACGGCAUAAACGAAAAAAAUCAACUAAAAAACAUAAACAAAUGCGUUCGAAACAGCAACAACAGAAAUUAAAGCAAUCAACAAACACAGAAGUUUGUUCUUCUUCUUCUUCGUCAUCAAAAAAUACUUCAACAACAGUCCCACCAACAACCAUCGACGAAGUAAUUGUCAUUGAAGAGAGUGAAGACGAAGUUGAAAUAUUAAAAACAGAACAAACUGAUACUGAUGUUGGAGAGGACGAAAGUAGUAGUAUACAUGAAAAUGAAGCCGAAACUAAUGCCGAUGAAGAUGACGGUGAUGAUGAAGAAGAAGCAGAGUUUGAUGAUUCUAGUAUUGAUAAUGAUCCAGCCGAUGCAUUCAAUUUACCAUCCGAACAUACUAAAUUGACUGCAUUGGCGUUACUUUAUCCUGAUAAAUAUACAAAUAUCCAGGAUAAAAUGGAUGAUGAGUUUUCUGAUGAAGAUGACGAUGAUGAUGACUAUGUUAAGAAAACUAUAAUGGUUGGAGCUGCUUAUCAAGCAACAAUACCAAUUGGCCUGUCCAAAUAUGGUGAUGUUUUACCUUAUGAAAAUGAAGACAAAUUGAUAUGGGAACCAUCACAAGUAAGCGAACAAGAAGUUGAAGAUUAUUUGAUACGAGUGAAAGAAUUAAAAUCAUCUCCUAACUUAUUGACACAAGAUGACGAUAUACCAUCAUCGUCAGCUUCUGUAACAUCAGAAUCAGAUCAAGGACUAGGUUGUAGUACAGUUAAAGAUGAUGAGCAGGCUUUACAUCUUUUAGUACUUUGUGGAUAUAAUUUCAAAGAAGCACUACGACGGAAACGUUUAAAUGCAGUUCCAUUAACUGGUUCAAUGAGUCUAUGGUCUGAAGAAGAAUGUCGAAAUUUUGAAGAAGGCAUACAGAAGUUUGGAAAAGAUUUUCGAAAAAUACGACAAACUCAAGUUCGGACCCGUUCAAUACGAGAACUUGUUCAAUUCUACUAUCUUUGGAAGAAAACUGAACGUCGUGAUAAGGAUUUCGUUGAUUCAGAUACCAUUGAUCAUAUGGAUACGUAUUUGGAUUAUGAUGAGCGUGAUACUGCAUCCAAUGGUGGAUCGAAACAUACUUUGUCGUGUCUUUUGUCAAGUGAUAUUUAUUUAACAAAUCAAGAACCACCAUCGAAGAAACACCAUCACCAUAACUUCUCUAUUAUGAACGAAACAAAUCGCUCUUCUGGUGGUCACAGUAAUUUUUAUUCAAGUUCAAAAAAAUCAUCUUCUAAUAAAAAAUCACAUCGUCGACGAAGUAGUAGCUUACUAUCCGGGACCAAGUCUAAAUAUCAUCAUAAUAAUGAUAUUUCUAGCAGCCUUUUUAGAAAAAAAAAUUCAUCGACAUCAUCGCCAUCAGCAUCAACAGGGAAAACGUGUCGCAACAGUUGCUCAAACUCUACUUCAUCUGCUAUGAAUGCUAAUUCAUCUUCUUCGACUAAUAAUUCAAUAGGAAAUCAUAUAAAUAAAAAAUGAUUUUUACUAAAGUAUCCAAAACUUAAAAAUAAAAAACACAAAAUCAAAACUAAACUAAAACAAAACAUAAAAUAGAGUUAAUAAGAUAUUAAAUAUUAUAAAUGUAUAUUAUAAAUGUUUAUGUGUAUGGCUGUGUUGUCAAAUAUUGAUAUACAGAUAUUAAUUUAAAAAAAAAAAGAAAACAAAAAAUGAGUGAUUCAGAGAAUCGAAUCUUUUUAAAAAUUAAAAAAAGGUAGUUAAAGUGGGGGAAUAAACAAAAUUUUUGUUCAGUGAUCAAAUUGAAUUUUGAAGAAUAACAAUUAUUCCGAAUGAAAAAUAUAUUACUUUUGCACAAAUCUCGAAAGACAAAAUUUCGAAUUACAAAAAAGAUGUAGUUAUUGAGAAUUUAGACUCACAUCUCACUUUGAAGCAAAGAACACAAAAUUAUUAUUGAUGAAAUGAAUUCCUAUCCAUCAAAAAUAACUUUGUCUUUAUGUUUGAUUCAAUUUUUUAAGUGAAAAAUAUUACGAAUGAAAUUCGUUGAUUUCAAAAAUAUUUAUGUUUAUUUGAUUUGUUUUUUUUUUUUUUAAACUCCAAAAGUAUCAUACAUCUCAAGACUUUAUUUAUGAGAUAAUGCUAAUUUCCUAAGUUUUUUUUAGGGCUGGAUUUUUAUGGGACUUGUGAUUUUAUGAUUCUGUCUUUCGAGGUUUCGUUUGGGUCUGCAUAAAUUAGUUUUGAAUUCAAUUUUUUUUUAUUUAUUUAUUAAAUGAACAUAGAAAAAAAUGUAUGUCCGUGUGGAUGUUUAAAAUGAUAAAGAAUAAAUAUUUUUUUUGUUUUGUUUUGAGAGAGAAAAUCCAUCACACAAUUUGAAUUUGACAAUGAAUACAUCUAUGUUCCUAUAAUUUUAAUAUCAUUCUGCGGUAUUUCAUCUUCAUUAUAAGGAGAAAAAAAAAUAAAUGAACUUAAAUAAAAUAAAAAUAUACGAUCCUUUUCAUGCCACAUAUUCCAUCGUUAUUAAAAUUAUGUUAGCUUGAGUAGUAAAAGUUGGCUAAUUCCUGAUUGUCAUUUAUUUGAUUUAAAAAAUAAAGAAGAUUGAAUAACAAUGGGAUGUGUGCUAGAUGAGGCUGAAUAAUAAAUUAUAAAAAAAUAUAAAUCCACAAAAUCAAAAAUCUGCAUAAAUUAGUUUUGAAUUCAAUUUUUUAUUUAUUUAUUAAAUGAACAUAGAAAAAAUGUAUGUCCGUGUGGAUGUUUAAAAUGAUAAAGAAUACAUAUUUUUCCUAUAAUUUUAAUAUCAUUCUGCGGUAUUUCUUCUUCAUUAUAAAGAGAAAAAAAAAAAAAAACAAAAGAACUUAAAUAAAAUAAAAAAAAAACGAUCCUUUUCAUGCCACAAUUCCAUCGUUAUUAAAAUUAUGUUAGCUUGAGUAGUGAAAGCUGGCUAAUUUCUGAUUGUCAUUUAUUUGAUUUAAAAAAUAAAGAAGAUUGAAUAACAAUGGGAUGUGUGCUAGAUGAGGCUGAAUAAUAAAUUAUAAGAAAAAUAUAAAUCCUCAAAAUCAAAAAUCUGCAUAAAUAAGUUUUGAAUUUAAUUUUGUAUUUAUUUAUUAAAUGAACAUAGAAAAAAAUGUAUGUCCGUGUGGAUGUUUAAAAUGAUAAAGAAUACAUAUUUUUCCUAUAAUUUUAAUAUCAUUUUGCGGUAUUUCUUCUUCAUUAUAAGGAGAAAAAAAAAACAAAAGAACUUAAAUAAAAUAAAAAUAUACGAUCCUUUUCAUGCCACAUAUUCCAUCGUUAUUAAAAUUAUGUUAGCUUGAGUAGUGAAAGCUGGCUACUUUCUGAUUGUCAUUUAUUUGAUUUAAAAAAAUAAAGAAGAUUGAAUAACAAUGGGAUGUGUGCUGAAUGAGGCUGAAUAAUAAAUUAUAAAAAAAUAUAAAUCCACAAAAUCAAAAAUCUGCAUAAAUUAGUUUUGAAUUCAAUUUUUUAUUUAUUUAUUAAAUGAACAUAGAAAAAAUGUAUGUCCGUGUGGAUGUUUAAAAUGAUAAAGAAUACAUAUUUUUUCUAUAAUUUUAAUAUCAUUCUGCGGUAUUUCUUCUUCAUUAUAAAGAGAAAAAAAAAAACAAAAGAACUUAAAUAAAAUAAAAAAAACGAUCCUUUUCAUGCCACAAUUCCAUCGUUAUUAAAAUUAUGUUAGCUUGAGUAGUGAAAGCUGGCUAAUUUCUGAUUGUCAUUUAUUUGAUUUAAAAAAUAAAGAAGAUUGAAUAACAAUGGGAUGUGUGCUAGAUGAGGCUGAAUAAUAAAUUAUAAGAAAAAUAUAAAUCCUCAAAAUCAAAAAUCUGCAUAAAUAAGUUUUGAAUUUAAUUUUGUAUUUAUUUAUUAAAUGAACAUAGAAAAAAAUGUAUGUCCCUGUGGAUGUUUAAAAUGAUAAAGAGUAAAUAUUUUUUUUUGUUUUGUUUUGAGAGAGAAAAUCCAUCACAAAAUUUGAAUUUGACAAUGAAUACAUCUAUGUUCCUAUAAUUUUAAUAUCAUUCUGCGGUAUUUCUUCUUCAUUAUAAAGAGAAAAAAAAACAAAAGAA